AUGUGGAAUGCGGUUUCUUUUGGUUAUUUUAAUGGUUUCCAGGUUGCCAAUGAUAUUCGUUUUGAGAUGCUUCAAUUUGCGGAUGACAUGACUCUUAUUUAUGAUGGAUCUAAGGAGAAUUUGUGGUGUAUCAAAGCUAUCCUUCGUGGUUUUGAUUUGGUUUCGGGGUUGUGCAUUAUUCUGAGUAAGAGUUUGAUCAUUGGUGCGCACUUGGAGGAUCAUGUGCUUUUUGCGGCUUCUUCUUUUCUGGGUUGUCUUGUUGGGAAGCUUUCGUUUAUGUUUCUUGGUAUUACGAUUGGUGGGAAUCAUAGGCGGAAGGAGUUUUGGUCGUUUGUGAUUUCUAAGUUAAAAAAGAGAUUCAGGGCUUGGAGUGGGAAACAUAUUUCAUUGGGAGGUAAAGUUACUUUACUUAAUUUGGUUCUUAAUAGUAUUCCCAUCUUCGUGAUUUUUUUCUCUAAAGCGCCUAAGUGCAUUCUUGAGAAGAUUUUUAAAAUUCAAUGA